ACAACAAGUGGCAAGCAAGCUGGCAAGUGGUCAGUCGAGUCAAGUGAAGUCGUCAGCUGAUGCCGUAUGCCGUGGCCGUGUUUAACGUAAACUAUGUUAUUUGUGUCGCCGCCGAUUUGAUUUCAAUUUCAUUAAUUGCCGGUGAAAGUGGCGAGCUGGCGAAGGUUGCGUGCUUACACCGAAGGAAAUUAUCGCUGCGUGGCAUCUGCAAAAUACAUUGUCACAACACAUCGAUUGCGUAAAAGUGAUAGAAAAUGUUGGUGCUAUCAAAGAAAGUGUGAAAUCUUCUGUAGUUUAGGGCCUUCUUGAUAUACGAGUGUUGUGAACUUGAAGCUUCGACCAUGGCACUGAAAAUGGAACAGAAAAGUGACCUGACUUUUGUUAUGAAGAACUUGUUAGCAGGAGGUGUGGCGGGCAUGUGUGCAAAGACCACAGUAGCCCCGCUGGACCGCAUCAAGAUCCUGCUGCAAGCCCAGUCCAGCCACUACAAGCACCAUGGAGUGUUGGGAGGACUCACUGCCAUCGUCAAGAAGGAAUCUCUGAUUGCAUUGUACAAAGGAAAUGGGGCACAAAUGGUCCGGAUAUUCCCGUAUGCUGCCACUCAGUUCACUAGCUUUGAAAUUUAUAAAAGGUAUCUAAGCGGCGUAUACAUCCCUGUAGUGAAACACGGGGACAAGUUCGUGGCGGGCGCGGGGGCGGGGGUCACCGCCGUGGCGCUGACCUACCCGCUGGACACCAUCCGGGCACGCCUCGCCUUCCAGAUCACGGGAGAACACAAGUAUACCGGAAUCGCGCACGCAGCCCGCGUUAUGUUCAAUAAUGAAGGCGGCAUCCGCGCGCUAUACCGCGGCUUCGUGCCUACCCUCGUGGGGAUGGUGCCGUACGCCGGGUUCAGCUUCUACUGCUUCGAGUCGCUCAAGUACUUGUGCAUGAAGUAUGUGCCUACCGUGCUGUGUCGCAAGUGCGAGAGGAAUACUGGCGGACUAGUCCUAACGGUGCCCGGCAAGCUAGUCUGCGGCGGCGUGGCGGGCGCGGCGGCGCAGUCGGUGGCGUACCCGCUGGACGUGACCCGCCGGCGCAUGCAGCUCGCCUGCAUGACCACUGACACCGAGCGGUUUGGAAUGGGCAUGGUGCAAACACUGAAGCUGAUCUACAAAGAGAAUGGCAUCGUGAAGGGUCUGUACCGAGGCAUGAGCAUCAACUACAUCCGAGCCAUCCCCAUGGUGGCCACCUCCUUCUCCACCUACGAGCUAAUGAAGCAACUGCUCAAUCUGGAUACUGGCAUGAAAGUCUCAUAAACAUAAAAUUAAGAAACAAAAAGGUGAAUCUCUAUGGUUCGUUCGAAUUUUUAAACGUUGACAGCUGAACUUUUGUUUUUAAUCGGAAGCAAAAAGGUUGAAUAGUAUAUUUUUUAUGGCGGGUAACGAAAGGACAUGAAAGGAGGUUGUUUAACGAAUUUUACUUGCUUUAUAUUACCAUCAUUUUUAUUUUGAUGAUUUAGCUAAAGCAAAGUUUAAAUUAAUUUAGAACCAUAAGGAAUAAAGUAGAAAUCUAGGUGGAAAGACGGAUAUAGGUACUAUAAACAGAUGAGAGUCGAAAACAGAUUUAAUUGUUAUCCAUUUACGUCCGUUUCCGUUUUUAAGGCGCCAAUGUGGUUAACAAUAAUUUUUUAUCUAAGUAGGUGUAUCCAGAGAAAAUACUUAAUUAUUUUAUGUUUAAAUAAGCUCAGUAUUUGUAAAAAUGCAACCGCUAUGAAAUAGUGGUGUUAUAUGUAAUGUUAAUUAGAACAAUCAAUUAGAUAGUGCCUUCUAUGUUUAGUACAGUACCAUACAUCCCUUUGGUAAAUUUGAUGAUGUGAGUAAUUUAAGAUGUAUUGUUUGCUGCAACCGCAGAGAUAGGCCUUCAGUCCAUAAACUGUAAAUUUUAUUUUAUACGCAAGGGACCCAGCGUGUUCUCCUUAAAAUAUAGCGUUAUCCCAUUGUUAGAUAAUUGUUAAUUUAUACAUUUAGAUAUUUUAGAUGCACCUCUGCACGCACAAUGUAUUAGACAUUUGAAAUAAAUGCACUGUAUGCAUAUUGUACAAAUUUUACCCUUUUUGUCACUGAGAUAAAGCUAUAUUUUAAGCACGAAUACUUGUCGUGGGGCUCUUUGAAUAGGCUAUGUCUACGUGAAUAUCUUUUUGUAAACCUGUCGGUACAUGGUACUUCUUAAUACUCAAUGUUGCUACUUACCUAUUAAUUCAACGUCGGCUGGGCAAUCUUGGGCUCCAAAAUAUCUUAAUUAAGUGGAGUUUGGAGUGAGUUUCACACAUCACCUUUACUUUGUAAACAUGUCUUAAAUUCGUUAAGUAGGUACUUUCCAUGACAAAUUAUUAGUGGUGUAGGUAAUUAGGCGAAAUUGUCAUCUUAAUUUAUACUUAGGUUAGUGUAAUGUAUUCAUUCCAUAAGCAUCUAGUUAGCUGUAGCCCUACUAAGGUUUUACAAAAGAGCAGAAUUAAUUUAAUUUCAUCAGAGCCAAAUAUAAAUAAAGUGUUCGUUAUCGUGAAAUAAUUAUUUUAUGGCCACUACAAGAACUUUCACAGGUUUACUGCGUUAUUUAUAUUAUUAUUUCACUAUCUCGCUUUUUCCAUAUCCAUUAAAAGAGGCUUUAUUUUUUUGUCUGUAUACAUGUCUGUUGUAUAGCGUCUCUGUUACUUAAAUCUGUUUUAAGUUAAAAUGUAUCACACCAAAGAUACACAAAAUGUAAGUAAAAUAAUGAAUAUAAAGAGGUUGACAGUAUUUAUUAAAUAAAUUAUAUUUUGUAAUUUUAAAA